CCGAUAUGGCGGCGGUUCUGUGCAGAUCAUUGUGGCGCUCCUGCUCGUUGCGCGGUAGCCAGUGGUGUGCGGCAAGUUUUGCUCUCGCAAACUUCAGGACGUUUCGACUAAAUAGGUGUUCUGACUUAUCUACGUGCAGCAAUAUGUUUACGGCAAUGCAAGUGAGACAUGCAACUAAUCUUCCUGGCUCGAAAAACUCCGGCACCAAAUCAGGUGUGCUAUGUGUCAGCUGUUUUCAGUGACAUACCUUGUUGAGUGUACAGAGCGUGCAGCCAUGUCAGCGCCACCAUGGAAGGAGGCGGCCAGCCUCAUCGUAGUUAGCCGUGCACCAUUGCGAGAUGUAGUGGGAAAAGACUUGGCAACAGCUAUGAUGGCCACCGUGUGGAACAACCAGACUGAGCGUGUGUCACGCUGCGACUACCGUGUGCUGAUGGUGAAGCGAUCAAGCCUGAGCUCGUUCAUGGCCAAUGCUUAUGUAUAUCCAGGUGGCCUCUGUGAGCCGUGUGACUUCUCGUCUGAUUGGUGGGAGGUGUUUGCAGCUGUAGGUGCCACAAAAGAAGCUCUUCUCAGGGAUGUCUGUAACAGGGCUAAGGGCCCACGGCCUCCAAUGAUCACAAAACCCAUGACAUUGUCUCACAAUCAGCUCAGUUCUGAAAACCAUUUGCCAGGUGACUUGGCUUACCGUAUCUCAGCCAUUCGGGAGACUUUCGAAGAAACAGGAGUCUUGUUGCUGACACAAGCUGCCCCUGCUCAUGGUGAAGCCGUUCUCGCCGAUUCUAUCAGCGAAGGCAUAGACACAACGCUAUGGCGUCAGCGAUUGCGAGAGGAUCCAGUGAACCUGUUGCGCAUGUGCCGUGAAAAUCGUCUCUGUCCUAAUGUCUGGGCCCUGCACGAGUGGUGGGACUGGUUGACGCCCAUCUCAGUGGGUCACAGACGUUAUGACACAAUGUUCUACAUAUGCUGCAUGGAUAAGCAGCCACAAGUAGUGCUCGACCAGAGCGAAGUCAUCACACUGAAGUGGUGCACCCCUGAGGGCAUGCUGCAAGACUACUCUACCGGGGCGGUUUUCCUGGCGCCACCACAGGUCUACGAAACCUCGCGGUUGCUGAACGUGGCAAGUUUCGCAGAGCUGAGCCAGUUCGCCUACCGUAGGGGCGCCGAAGGCUGCGAGCAGUGGAUGCCCGUCAUCGCCUCGGCCAGUGACGGCGCGUUGUCCCUACUGCCAGGUGAUGACCUCUACCCAGAGGAGCCAGACUACUUUGGCCGUGGCCCUGGUCCUGAAUACCCAUUCAGCCUUGAGGAGCUCCGCAAGCGCUGCCAGAACCUUCACCGUAUGGAAGUGCAGGGCCCCCUGUGCACAGCCUAUUCUAACAUUGAGCCUCCCAGAGGUCACCUACAGCCGCAGACCUUCAAUGGCACCGCAUCUAUGGUGCCAUCAAUGCUUUGACAACUUUCUUGGCAAAUUGAGCUUCACUCACUGCAGCUGUGUACAUUGUAUUGCUCAAGCGGCUCGGUUGCACAGGGAAUUACGCAUUGCUGCCAGUUUUGCAAUGAUGCCUUCUCUUGUCGCGCAUAGUGCAUGGUGCCUAGCUUGGCUGUCCAGUUAAGGUCUCAGGUGAGGUGUUUAAGCAAUUGCAAAGCUUCGUUACACUAAGCUUUAGUCAGUCUUUAGAGAAGGUACUUUUCCUUUCAUUUUGCCUAGGCAUAUAAAAGGUCAAAACAUCAAUCAACGAUCUUUUUCUACAAUUCCUGCUACUUGAUCGGCUGAAGCACUCUAUAGGUGUUUAUGCUGCAUAGAAUGCCUGCAUUUAGGAGAACUAAUGUGUGUCAGCGAGAAAUUGCUUUCUUAACCUUAGCACUUUGGCUUUGCUGUGAUUUAUUGGCUUGCCAGGCUGCUAAAUAUGGUGUAUUCUUUGUUACGCCUUCUAUUUUUCCUGGAACACUGAGUGCUGGUGGCUGCACAUCCCAAAAAGCUAAUACAUGGCUUGGCAAAAUUGUGAUUAAAAUGCUUUGUGUGCUGCAGUUUCACAUUUCUGCUAAGUGGAUCUCAGUGCAGUUUAGCAUUUGGCCAAGCUACUAAUGGUGUUUAAAUGGUGCAAAGUAAUUGCACCCUGUAAUUCUCUGUCUUCGAUGUUUUCAUUUUUUAUAAAAUGUGCAUUUUUAUGGCAAUAGAUAUCUCUUUUGCUUUUUUUUUUUUUGCUGCGCAAUGCUUUGUUCUUUUGUUAGAAGUAGUAGGCUUAGUGCUGAUGCUUUAGGAGUAUAUGUUCUGGACCACUUAUUUCCAUUCAGCUCGCUGUUAGUUGAUGCAGUCAUGUGGCUGUUGCUGAUUUGGUCUUGGGUUCUAAAUGUCGUGAAAUCAGACAGAUAUGCAACACCAUGCACAGACAUAUCUGCUAGUUUAUUUCGGUGUGCAAAGGUGUGGUCCUUGAAAGGCUGAGUUUUCUUGAAUGCAGAGGCACUUGUUCUGUCUAAAGGUGUGGAAUGUCAAACUUCUGAUCCAGUUUUCCACCAUGAUCCUGCAGUAUUCAGAAUUUGGCACUCUUCUUUCAUAGAAUGGCUGCUGUACCUACCUGGUAUCUCCAUAGUGUUCAGGAAUUCAGGCUUUCGCAGGCACUCAAUGUUUUGAUGCUGUAGUGUCUUGUAUAUAUGUGACCGUAAGUGCCUAAAAUGUGAAAUAAAGUUCCAGAUGAAACGUGCCAGCACAAAAUGCAGAUGGGAGAUUCUUUGCAUCUAAAUAGCUACAUUUCUCUGCCAUUUUUUGUUCUGUCUUCCUGUCAAAUUAUUCCAAAACGCUCGGGAAUGCUGUUCAAUGAAGUGUAUGGAAUGAAGCCUCUUACUUGUUCCAAGUAUCUUCAUUUUCCCAUACUUCAUAAACUGCGUAUGUGAUUAUGUCCUUGUAGAAACGAACAGACACACUGGAAGAGAAGUUUCAUUUUGGUACAUAACAGACUUUGAUGAGAAGUGACUUACAAGAGACAUCCAGCGCAGGCAGCAGUUUUUUCAGAAUAAGUUUUCAGUGACUCCUUGUACCCUUCCAACUGCCCUUCCUCCACUGGCAUUGUUUGCUGCACUAGAAAUAACUGUGAACAUUGCAGAGGGUACACCAUGGUGUGUCUUAUUCCUGUGAUACAUGAGCAAGACUGAAGUGGUUGUUAUGUAGUUUUCUACACAGCUGCCUUUAUUAGGCAUUGUUGCAAUGUCAGAGAGGUGGUGACCUUUUUUGGCUUACCAAGCUUUCCUCUGUGAUGUCCAGUUCGUCUUCUUGUGGUUUCUGAAAUUUCGGCUGAAAAAAGCCCAUGCCAAGCCCAUAUCUUUGAAAAUGCAAUUUUUCUUACAGCUUCAACAAGAAAGCAUGAAAAUGUACGCUGUAGUUUGUGCAGCUGACGAAUUAUUUGGGCACAAUUCUCAUGAAACUACAGUUUAGUUUACUUUUGCGUAGCCUUUCUGCCUACAGCUAUUGUAUUAAUCUUUAGUCAGUGCUCGAGAAAUCAAUAUUUUAAUCUUUAAAAAUGUGGACUACAGAGCACUGUGUGUUAUAACUGAUUAAUAUGAGUGGCCUAGCAUUUAAUAUAUGAACUGUGGGACUGAGGUCAGCUGCAUAUCUGGCUAUUGAGGCAGUAUUUGUAAGAGAGAAUCUGUCAACCUGAUUUGCGAGCUUUUCUACAAUUGCCUCCAACUUCUUGAUUUGAGCAUUCAGGUCUUGACUGGAUUCUGAAAAUAAAAACGGAAAAGUCUGAGUCGAAUAACAUGUGCCUAGAUCGCAGGCAGUCUUCUAAGGAAGUGCAAUAUCACACCUUCUAAGUGAAGCGAUGUUUGCGUCACCACCUGUUUUCGUAGUCUGACGGGGAGCAGGCGACUAGGGCAAGGCUUGUACACUUGGAGGCUUUGGGGACCAGCUGCAGCCUGAAAAUUGCUGUUGCACAUGUACAGCCGCUUGUUUAAUAAAAGUUAUAUACAAA